UGGGAGUGGGGCUGGGGGUAUAGGGAGGGGUGUUAGACUUUGCAGCAGGGGACUGGGCCAUUUCCUGGAACAUUCUGGGUAGGAGGACCUUGGCUUGCCCUGCCCGGCCCCUGCCCUGUGUUGGGCUGGGGUGGGAACUGUGUGGAAUGGGGGGACUCUUAACUGCUUUGGAAAGAAGAUACCUGCAUUUCCUAUGAAGCCCAGCCACCUUGCCUCCUGCCUGACCUUUGCCUCUGGGUUUAGGAUGAGGCACUCUCCUCCUCUCUGGAGAGAUGCUAAGGCUUCCAUUGUUGGGGUGUGGGGGGACAGGGAGGGGGUGUUUGGGAAGCUGGUGGGACCUGGACUGAAAAGAGUCAAAAGCCAGUGUUUGGGUGCUGUCUGGUGACAGGCACAUCUCAGCCCAGACAGGAUAAGAGUGGAAGAGAAUUCUGAGAUGGAGCGGGCAGCUCUCAGGGAGGGGUCGGGACAGCCUAGCCAGGUGACAGGAGGGGAGGGGAGGGGAUGGUAAGAACCACGACCCGAAUUCCCAGCCUGGCCAACCCUUGCAGCCACGCCUCCCUCAAGAGGAGCAGAGGCUCCUUGAGGCCAGCAGGGUUGGGGGAGCUCGGUGGCCUUGGCUCUCUUCUGCUAGAGCCCUGGUCCCCGGCCUCCGCCACCCACCCCUGCUCUUAGAACCCCUGGGCACUGAGUGACAGGAGCCCUGGUGUCCCAUCUGGGUAUGGCUGGCUGGGUCACUGACCUCUGGUCUGCUUCCUUCCUGCAGAUCAUGCGGAUCAAACCCCACCAGGGGCAGCACAUCGGAGAGAUGAGUUUCCUCCAGCACAGCAAAUGUGAAUGCAGACCAAAGAAAGAAAAAGCAAGGCAAGAAAAAAAAUCAGUUCGAGAAAAGGGAAAGGGGCAAAAACGAAAGCGCAAGAAAUCCCGUCCCUGUGGGCCUUGCUCAGAGCGGAGAAAGCAUUUGUUUGUACAAGAUCCGCAGACGUGUAAAUGCUCCUGCAGAAACACAGACUCGCGUUGCAAGGCGAGGCAGCUUGAGUUAAACGAACGUACCUGCAGAUGUGACAAGCCGAGGCGGUGAGCCAGGCUGGAGGAAGGAGCCUCCCUCGGGGUUUCGGGAAGCAGACCUCUUGCCAGGGAAGAUGGAUGCAGAACGACCGAGACUCACCACGCUGCCGCCACACACCAUCACUUCGACAGAACAGUCCUUAAUCCAGAAACCUGAAAUGAAGGAGGAGGAGACUGCGCAGAGCACUUUGGGUCCGGAGGGCGAGGCUCCGGCAGAAGCAUUCCCAGGCGGGUGACCAGCACGGCCCCUCUUGGAAUUGGAUUCGUCAUUUUUAUUUUUCUUGCUGCUAAAUCGCCGAGCCCGGAAGAUUAGAGAGUUUUAUUUCUGGGAUUCCUGUAGACACACCCACCCACAUACAUACAUUUAUAUAUAUAUAUUAUAUAUAUAUAAAAAUAAAUAUAUAUAUUUUAUAUAUAUAAAAUAUAUAUAUUCUUUUUUUAAAUUAACUUUGCUAAUGUUAUUGGUGUCUUCACUGGAUGUAUUUGACUGCUGUGGACUUGAGUUGGGAGGAGAAUGUCCCUCCCAGAACGUGACAGGGAAGAGGAUGGGGUGAGAGACCCUGGCAAGACCGCUUUGUCCCUUCUAGGGAGGCCAGGGUCCUCUCCCCUGCCUGGGCACGUGCAAAGCCAGGGCACAGGGGGCACAUGUGGCUCGCUUCCGGGAACACCGACAAACCCAGCCCUGGCUUCCCCAAGCCUUCACCCUGAGUCACGUGGACAGAGACAGAUGACAGGUACAGGGAUGCGGACACAGGCUCAGACGGGAGUCGGAAGCCUCAGGACACGGAGGGCUUGUGGAUCCCUGCCACGUGCUACCUGGAAGAGUUGGAGCCUGGCAGCCUUCACCUGAGCUCAUCUGCUUCCCGGUCACCCAGGAGGCCUUGGACGGGUGUCCUCGUGAAGGAGAGGGACAGUGGUAGAUGAAGCGCCGGGUGACGGCUCUCCUGGGGCCUCUCAUCCUCGCCCUCCCCUCCUCCCCUCGUGCAGCCCAGGAGGGCAUUGAGUCCUCAGACCAUUGAAACCACUAGUUCUGUCCCCCAGGAGACCUGGCUGUGUGUGAGUGGUGUCCCUUCUGUCCCCUCCCCUCUCCCUCCUCCCUUCCCCUCCUUUCCCUUCCCCUCCCCGAGGCACAGAGAGAAGGGCAGGAUGCAUAUGCCCACCAUGGAGACAGAAAAGAGAAAAUGUUUUAUAUACGGUACUUAUUUAAUAUCUCUUUUUAAUUAGAAAUUAAAACAGUUAAUUUAAUUAAAGAGUAGGGUUUUUUUUCAGUAUUCUUGGUUAAUAUUUAAUUUCAACUAUUUAUGAAAUGUAUCUGUCCCUCUUUCUCGCUCUCUUAUUUGUACUGGUUUUUGUGUAUAAAAUCCGUAUUUCCAAUCUCCCUGCUUGGUGACAGUCACUGACUUGUCCCAAACAGGUAUUUAAUUUGCUAACACUCAGCUCUGCCUUCCCCAUUCCCCUGGCUCCCCACCACACAUUCCUUUGAAAUAAGGUUUCAAUAUACAUCUACAUACUAUAUAUAUAUUUGGCAACUUGUGUUUGUGUGUAUAUAUAUAUACAUAUAUAUAUAUGUUUAUGUAUAUAUGUGAUUCUGAUAAAAUAGACAUUGCUAUUCUGUUUUUUAUAUAUAAAAAACAAAACAAGAAAAAAUAGAGAAUUCUACAUACUAAAUCUCUCUCCUUUUUUAAUUUUAAUAUUUGUUAUCAUUUAUUUAUUGGUGCUACUGUUUAUCCGUAAUAAUUGUGGGGGGAAAAGAUAUUAACAUCACGUCUUUUGUCUCUAGUGCAGUUUUUUCGGGAUAUUCCGUAGUACAUAUUUAUUUUUAAACAACAACAAAGAAAUACAGCUAUAUCUUAAAAAAAGCAUUUUGUAUUAAAGAAUUUAAUUCUGAUCUCAAA